AUGAGCACAUUCGGCUCAUUAGAAAAAGAAGACUGGCUCGAUUUGGGAGACAUAAACAAUGCUCCAACUUUUUCCCUGGAUGAUGCACUCAAUGAUACUGAAAAUCUAAGCGAUCCUUUUCUGGAUGAACCUUUUGCUCUGGAUGGAGAGUUCGGAUCAUCAUCGAAUUUGGCUGAGUCGUCUACAUCUUUAGCAGAUAUACAACCGUUAUCAUACAAGUUAGAUGCAGCCUUUGUUAUACAACCUCAUCAAUUGAUUUCUCAUCAAAUCCUAUCGAAUGAGAAGAAGACAGGACGAGUGAUAGCAGUUGCAGAGAGAAAUGGAUGGAUUGCAGUUGUAACCAGCAAGGGACAAUUACUUUUGUUCGAUUUAAAUGGAAAUCUGAAUCAAUUCCACCGAGGAGAUGAGUCGAUGGGGGGAGCCAGUUGUGUCACUUUUUCAUUGGAUGGAAAGUUCCUUGCAGUUGGAUUACAGAGAGGUGCAAUUAAGAUCAUGACAAUUGACAACAAAUUAUAUCACAUGAUCAAUGAAGGUGGACAGCCUGGACAAGGAAUUGUUCAAGUGAUUUAUACAAAAGACAAUCAUACUGUAUUAACACUGGACAACGGUGGAAGCUUCUAUGAAUGCACGAUAAGCAAACCCUGGUUACAGAAGAAGAAAGAUAAAUUGAGAUGCCACGUAUCAGGAUGCAAUGGAGAGAUCAUCGCUAUGAAAAUGAUGCCUGCCGAUGUGAUUGCUCUUCUCUCAGUUCAUAGACUUAUCUUCUAUAUUCUCAAACCUAGAGGCCAAAUUUUGGGAAUAUUCCCAACCAAAUUUGAGUUUCGAUACCCUCCUUCUUGUUCUUAUUGGUUGGGCUCUCCUAAAUCGGAACACGAAGUGAAUUCACCAUUGGAUUCUUUGUAUUCCACUACUCUAAAAGAUUUCAAAGUGGGCAUCAGCCGAGGACACAAACUAGCUAUUCUCAGAAUUCAUACUAAUAACUUCUUUACGAAAAAUGUAAGAUUCGAUUCCAUUCGAAAGAAAAAGAGCUUAUUCAACUUUCAGAGGAGAGCUACAGUACUCCGACAGUUUGAAUUGCCUGCCCCAAUCGUAAAUCUCCAUUGGAUGAGUACUCAUGUGAUAGUAGGAAUAGAUGCAAAAGGAGCGGUUUGGCAAAUUGACCCAGAAAAAGGAACAUCGAGGAAACAAGAUUUAGAUGAUCUCGAGUUGGUAUUCUCAACGCCCAUUCUUAAAGGAUCUGCGACUGGUGGAAAAGUUAGCGAAGCAGUUAAAGCUGUAGCAGAAUACGCAUGUUAUCAAUCAGUCACAUCUGCUACAUCUACAUCUGAAAGGCUUAUAGUGCUUGCUCACGAUGGGCUGAAAUAUCUAGAGAAAGUUCAUGAAUGGGAGCAGUUGGAAAGAUACAAUGAACGAGGUGAUGACAUUUCUGCAGCACUUUAUCUUCUGGAUGUAUGCAGGGAUAAAGUUAGAGCAAGCGAGGAAUUCAGAAGAGAAUCGCACAAUCUUCUCGCGGAAAAAGCAAGCCGUUUGCUCACUUCAGCCGUUGGAGAUGUUGCUGGAGGAUCAAUAUCGGAUCUGGUAUCUCAUUAUCGAAAGUAUAUCAGAGUGAUUUUGAAAGUGUGUGUCACUGGAAAUCUUCUUGAUUUUUUAUACACAACAUGCUGGGAUCGGCUCUGUAUGGAUUCAAUAUCUAAAACUGUUUUCCUUGAUCAUCUUGACGAAUACGUUUUGGAUGGGGCUCUGGUUGGUCCACCGGCUCCACUUGUCAACGAAUAUUUGCAACAUCUGGCAGCAGAAGGACACUUCUCACAGUUUCAGUCGGCGGUUGUCCGUUUUCCAAUUCAUACAUUGGACUUACAUACAGUGAUGUCAAUAUGCCAACAAAAUUCGAUUUACGAUGGAAUCAUAUAUGUGAAUAACAAAGCCCUCAACGACUACAUCACACCACUUGAAAGUAUGCUGGCGGAGAUGAAUCUAUUUGCACAUCGAGAAAUGUUCUCAGAUAGCGAACAGAUUCUUGGCAGUAAAGUUUUGGUUUAUUUGAAUUGUUGUCUCUCUGGAAUGGCAUAUCCAUUCGGGCAGCUGGAUGAAGAAAAUCGAAAGAGAGUUCCGUUGGAAACAUUUCGGUGCAUUAGUUCUCUGAAAGAAAGUAACGGAGGUGAAACCAAUGAACAAUAUCCGUAUCUUCGAUUAUUACUUCAUUAUGAUCCACAACAGUUUCUCAAUGUCGUGAGCACUUGUGCUGACGCUGAACUAUUUCAGCUGGACAACAGACUCCAAAGAUUUGUGGAUACUAUAGGCCAAAUUUGUGUGAACAUGAAGUGCGAAUUGUCACUGAUCCACUUUCUCGCUCUCGUGGUGCAACUCUCGGAGCGAGCUUUGAUAGCUCCGCCCGUAGAAUACAUUCAAGAUUCGAUAAUAACUUUGCUAAAAAUAUCUCCAUGGCAGCAACCGGGAACAGAAAGUGCCAUAUUAACUGGAUUAUUCCAUGCAACACCUGAAGACAAGAAGAGAAUAAUCCGUGCAGCUCAGAACCCGAUGCGACCUUCUAUUCUCAGUUUUCUAUAUCUAUCAGACAGAAAGUUUGAAGAGCUGAUAAAAUGUUAUUUGGACUCUGAAAACAAAGAAGUUUAUGCUGCAAUUGGAGGAAUUUUGAAAGAGGGCGAAUUAACAACCGAUGAAUCAGAAGAAUUCAGAAGAUAUGUAAUUAGUAUAAUGGAGAUAUUGUAUCGAAUUGAUGGAUGGUUAUCUGCUAAUCUUGUCAACGAACACUUCAGGGAAACAGUGCCAUCGAUGGCAAGGACAGUUGAGGAGGAAAAGCAAUUAGUUUUUCCAGUUCUGGCUGGAAUUGCGCAGUUGAGAAAACAGGCCAAUUAUGCGUCUUUCUGUGAUGAUAGUGAAUUAGAUGAACAGCUUUUCGGAAUUGUUUUUGAAGGUAUAUGCAAAGAAUGGCCCAGCUGGAUACCGAGCUCAGAAGAUCCGGAGAACAUAGAUCGUCAACUGAUGUCAUUGUUCCCCUUUUGGCUGCCACUGGCUUCAAGUACUCAUUUGUGUUUGAACAUUGCUGUGGAGAAUGGGAAAUGUGUUCGUACAGUAAUACGACUAUUUGAAGCCAGGAAUCAUUUGGAGCAAUCGUUCAAUCUGCUUUUCGAGAAGCUUGAGAAAAACAAGCAGAAUGAAGAGAAAAUGACGGAAUGGCUCGAUGAAACAAUCAAAUUCUGCUCGCGACAUUCAUCUAAAAACGAAACAUCGGAUAGAAUGAUGCGUGUAUUUCAGUUCAUAGUUGAGCGGGCAACGGAAGUUGGAGAAAAUCCGGAAAAGCAAGCGAAAAUUGACGAAAGUCUGAGAACGAUGUGCAAGCAAAUCGUGUCUACCGGAGCAAAAUAUGCCGUUCAGCUCCUCGAUAAACUGUUGGAUAGUCCGUCGUUUGCUAAUUCUAACUUUAUAGACAGUAGUGAUCUUAUCAUUGACGUACUCUCAUCAUGCGAAUACGACGCGGAUUUACUAGAAGAAAUGAUAUACAUCAUAAGAGAAGAAAAUCUUGUACUGGCCCAAAAACUACGACUGGAAGUUAGUAGUCGAGCGCCAUUAAUGCAUAAUCCGACUUGCAUAACCUGUAAUCAACCAAUCAACAAAAGUGUAUACGUUUUCCGAUGUGGUCAUUUCCAGCACAUAGAAUGCUCCACUAAUAUUGAAAAAGUUUGCACAUGCAACGGUUUCUCCAAUCCACUAGUCGUACCUCGAGAAAAGCCAGACAAACCAAGGAAACGCGACAUUUUCAAAAAUUGGGAAACGAAGCUGAACUGCCGAGUCUUUCCAAAAGAAUGA